CAGCGGCGGUGCAGGUGCGGUGGGCUUGGACCAGCCCCGCAUUAAAAUUAUUCAGCCAUCGUUUCACCUCUCACAAUCCGGAAUUUCGGCCUCUGUUCACAACAAAAUAGCAAGAAGGAAAAUGAUGGACAUCCAAGACUCGCCAACACAACAGCGAUCCUCGAGUUUUCCUCUGAUCACCCUCCCUUUGGUAUCGUCCAAUGAAGAAGAUGAUGAUAAUGAUGCCCUUAUACCGGUGGAGACUCCUAGGGGUAGCGCCUUGAACAACAGAAGCUGUGUUCGGAGUUUGCCCUUUCUUCCCAGUCUGCCGUCCCAUGGGGAGAAUCGACGACGAGAUUUGGGAAGUGUAUUCUCCACAAGAGCACUACCCCACAGUGUCAUUGCUUCAGCAGCUGUCGCUAGGGUAGAACACAGCAAUCCUCCUUUGAUUCCAUUCCUAAGCGACGAUUUUGCCUCAACUCCCGCAGACUAUGCGAGCCGCCGACCACCAACUCUCCUUCGACGCCGACACCACGCCAGCUCCCCUGCGUCAAACGGCAACAACGACAACCAUCUACUGGAUAGCACGUUGUUUGUUAACAGGGAUAAUACUACCGUUCAAGAUGAAGACGAUGAUGACAUUGACUUGGAGAUUGCAGCUCUCACUCACGGAACACUGUCUCUGCGUGACUCCAAGUCGCCAGAGAGGAUGAACCAUGCCUUGGAGGACACACUCACACCUCCUUCCAUGCUGCGCCUUGCAGGAAUCCUUUCCAACAGCACUCCAUCGUUGUUGGGUACGACUGACAAUAACAACCAUGAUCGGAUCCACCCCUCAACCCAGCGCAGUGGCGGCAGCAACAACGCGUGGAAUAGCCGUGCCACCCCAACACGACUCUUCCACAGCCAGAAGCCACUCCACUUGUCAACCCGAGGGCCACCAGUCGUCGUUCCCUUUGCUCGGGCAAGAUUUGGAGAGGACUCCCGCGGCCGCCACCACGUCCUGGCUCCCAUCAGUUUUCAUCCCAACAGCACCAGCCCCAAGCUACCUACGGUCUAGCUAGCUAGCUGCCUUGCUAGCAGGCAACCCUCCUAGAUGGCACACCAGUUUUGGCCCAUUUUGUCUUUUAUUCUUCUUUCUUUACACUAAUAAGCUUCAUCUCAGCAAGCAAACCACUGGCGGUCCUCAGCAGUCGCGGUAACGCCCACCGCGAUCCAAGGAUUCGCACCUUGCCAGUAGCUAGACAAUCUAUCUAACUUCAGACAAACUUCUUUCUACUAUUAGAGUACUUCGCUCGCUGGCUGGCCGAUAGCUGCGUGUCGGAACACACUUGCCGGUUUCACACACGUCUUGUUCAAUACUCACGCGAUGAUAGCAUACUACCGACCAGUAGCCCGACUCAGUAGCUUGUUGCAGCCGCCCAGGUCCUUCUUGAAGGGCUGUACCGGCUGUAGAUGCAUCAAUCUCCAAAACAGCAAACAGCACUUCUUCCAGCGGUUCAGAAACCUCUGCCCAAUACCGGUAUAGCCACUGGCUACCGGUAGCCACUGCUCUUUGUAUCCGCACCUCGCUCCAGCCACAACGCAUGUACUGGUACAUGUUCCGGUACUCGUAUCAUUGUAGCUACUACAUGUAGGAUAGCAAAGCGACAGGAUGCCGAACGAUGAGCCAGCAGUCCAGCAGUGGCAAACUGUGGCAUGUCCUUUUCCUUGUGCUGUCGAAGCGUCACGUUCGAGAUAGAGAGAAUGUGCUUGCGAAGCAAUUGCAGUUUGCAGGUCCCCUCACAAAUGACGUUU